GUGGUUCAGGCGAGUGUCAAAAUAGGUGGAUUAAUCCUCGCCGUCGCUUUGUGGAAAGGACAUAGGUUCACCAACCAGACUCUCACAGCACCUCACCUGCCAGAUCGCCUACCGUAGAGGAUUUUUAUCCGUUGGAUGGACAGCCUCGGAAGAGGAGGAAAGACCAAAAAUUUAAAAAUUCCAAAGUUUUUCUUCAAGAAACUGACGAAACUGCACUCCGCGCUUCCGUCAGUUCCUUGUUCUUCUACCGAGGGGGGAGGCAGGAAGCAGGCUCUCCACAUUUUCCACCGAAGUUUGUUCAAUUCUUCCUCAUUCCUCAGCGCACAAGAGAGAUCAGGAGAGAAAGGGAGGAUCUCGCGUUUAGUUCUCUCUCUCUCUCUCUCUCUCUCACCCUUUGAACUCGAGUCUCUUGAGUAGAGAUCUACUCUGCGAAAGGUUCCCAUUCGUUCGUCUUCCACCUUACUGGGUCAUUUUGAUUCUUGAGGGUCAACAGCAGUGUGGUAGUAGCCGGGUAGGCCACUUUGUAGUAGUAAUCGGAGAUGCCAAAUUGGGAACUCAGAAACUGUUGUAACCAUGAGCAAGUGGUCUUCUUAACCACAAUAGCCAUCUUCACUGUUGUGGUCCUCGCGUUAUGGAGGACAAUAUUGUUGACACCUUUCAAGCUCAUCACUGUCUUUCUUCACGAAACAAGCCACGCUAUAGCUUGUAAAUUAACCUGUGGUCAUGUGGAAGGGAUCCAGGUUCAUGCAAAUGAAGGUGGAGUGACACAAACACGUGGUGGUGUUUAUUGGUUGAUUUUGCCAGCUGGAUAUCUUGGUUCAUCAUUUUGGGGGAUGGUUUUUAUAUUGGCCUCUACAAAUCUUCUAACUGCAAGAAUUGCUGCUGGAUGUUUUGGUGUUGCUUUGCUCAUUGUACUCUUUGUUGCUAAAAAUUGGACACUUCGUGGACUCUGCAUUGGAUUCAUUAUUUUCCUUGGUAUAAUUUGGCUUUUGCAAGAAACAACAAAGAUCCGUAUUCUGCGGUACAUCAUUUUGUUCAUUGGCGUAAUGAACAGCUUGUUUUCAGUUUAUGAUAUAUAUGACGAUCUUAUAUCUCGGAGGGUUCAUUCCAGUGAUGCUGAAAAGUUUGCAGAACUUUGUCCUUGCCCCUGUAAUGGUGUUGCAUGGGGAAUCCUUUGGGGUUUAAUAUCAUUUAUGUUUCUCUGUGGAGCCAUGUAUCUUGGACUCGUCAUCAUAUCUUGAGGUAGAACCUGCUUCCAUGAUGAGUUAUGGGUCAAUUUUUUUAUUCAAAGAUUCUCCAUGUUGCCUUGUGCUUUCUUCUCGGUUUAGGUUCAAGAAUUGUGGUUCGAAUGCAUGUCACCAGAUAUGAUUUCUUCUUAGAUAGAUUGGAACUAGAGGACAGUAUUUGUGGCCAACCAUAUAGCAGGAUACAGCUUGGUUGAUCAGGAUUAUUCUUCCCGAUUACCUGAUUAUUUUUUUUCCUGUUUGAGUUCACAUAUUCUCAAUUUCACAUUUUUUAUCUGUGAAUUCAUCUAACAGUGAAUUUAUAAUGAAUUCUUCCACCAAAAAAAGAAUU